AUGAGUGUUGAUCCUUUCAUAUUUUUUGACCAAGAGCUUCGCGGGGUUUCGGCGGCCGAGGAGCGUUCGUACUUGGAACCGCUUCUGCUGACGCUGUACAUGAAGCCGUACAGGGACACACUCGUGUCCGAGCUGUCGCCCCAGAUGAAGCGGGCCCUGUGCCUCUGCAUCGUAUUCGCCGUCUACGCAAACCUGUCUAAUGAAACGUACAAACACGUGCUGUCCUCGCGCUGUCGCGCGCAGUUCCCUCUGGUGAUCCUGUCCGAGCCGUCGAGGCUGUUGGACCCCAGGGCGCGGAACCACGUGUGGGAGACGCUGGGCCAGAUCGCCGACGUCAACAGCGUCCUGGUCACCACUCAGAGCAUCGAGGAGGCCGAGAUGAUUGCCGACCGGCUCAUCGUCAUGCGGGAAGGGCGCGUCGUGUGCGCCGGAUCGCCCACGUGGCUCAAGAAGAAAUUCGACUCUGGAUUCUGCCUGCGCCUGACCAGGCUCGCGAACUUCAGGGAACAGGAAGUGAAACGCGUCGUCCAAAACUACAUGGGACCGGUCGAGCCUAGGCGGGUCACCAAGGUCGAUGUGGUGUUCAACUUGAGCGAUACUCCCGAGAAAACAACGAAGAUGACUGCGAUGCUUCAGUACCUGGAGAAAAGGCGAAGUAUCCUGGGCAUCUCAGUCAUGAGCCUGUCGUACUGUACGCUCGAGGACGUUUACAUCAAGUUGGUGACUGGCACUCAGACUAAGGCCAAGAAAAGCAUCGGUGACGGCUGCGUUAACCUUCAGUCGGAGCAGGAAGACGCGGCAAAACAGAAACGAGAUUCGCAGGCCCUGGCGCAGCUGUGCGAGGCCAGGUCGUCGAGGGCCGGCACCGUGUCGGUGCUGUGGGCGCUGCUGCGAAAGCGGACGCUGCUCUGGGCGCGCGUCUGGUGGACCAGGCUGUUCUCCCUGGCCAUCCCCGUCGCUUGCAUGCUGCUGCUGGUGCUGUGCGAGCGACUCCUGCUGCCGCAGAUGGAGCCGGGCAGCAGCCCCUUCACCUACGAGCCCGAAGGCGUCUACGAUUCCUCGUACGGUUUCAUCGAGAGCGACAACACGAGCACGAACUUCAGUGACAACGUGCUACUGCCGCUGCUGUCCGAGCACUCGGUACACACCUUCGCGCCGACAAGCAAGUUUGUGGAACGCGAGCUUUUGUUCUGGGCCGAGAAGGACCUGUACGCCUACCUGUACGAGUACCAGUACGGAAUCAGCACCUUCCAGAACAGCAGGCUGUUCGUCUGGUUCAACGGCCAGUGCCCGCCCAGCGCCGUGAUCGGUGUGAACCUGUUGCACACUGCACUACUGAGGAACCUGACGGGAAGCAAGGACUCCCACAUCACGCUGGUCAACUGGCCCCCCAUGAGCGAAGACUACCUGGCGAAGACUGAGUUCGAGAAGCUCUACGGAAAGCUGACGCUCAAGGACGGUCGCGACACCCUGGGCCACGAGACGCAGCUGUUUCCGACGCGGAACUUCAUGACGCGCGUGUUCUACGCGUUCUUCGUGUCGCUGGCGAUGAGCUUCUACGCGGGCAGCCACGUGUUUGCGCCGAUGGCCGAGUCGGGCUGCGGCUUCCAGCACAUGCAGCUCAUGACCGGCAUGUCGGGCAUGAUGUACUGGAUGGGACACUUCGUCUUUGACAUGUUCAUGGCGCUCUGGAACAGCAUCAUGCUUGCCUUCAUCAUAUUUAUCGGCCACACGGAAAUCGCCCAUUCGUACCACCUUGCCAUCCUGGCUCUGUUCGUCGCCAACGCGUUCUCCAGCCUGCCCCUGGCGUACCUGUUCUCCAAGGUGUUUUCCGAACCAGUUUGGGCCUUCACCUACAUGGUGUUAGGCCUGUUCCUGGCAGGGAUAGUGGGCUCGCUGGGCGUGGAACUUCUGCACGUGCUCGUGCAAGACGACCCGUCGACGGCUGCCACCGUGGUGCUGUUCAUUUGGGGCUACGUGUGUCGCUGGUUCCCGACGUACACCCUCGUGCGGGGCAUCGUCAAGGUCAUCCUGCUGUCCAGGCUGAACGCCAUUUGUCUCACCGGCGGUGAACUGCUCGCCGAGGCCUGCCGCGACGUCCAGUACUUGUCGGACACGAGGAUAUCCCACUGCUGCGAAGCUUUUCAGCGAAACGCCACCGCACCGCUUCUUCGCCCGCUUCAGCCGUUCGACGAGACCGGCUUCUACGAGCUCGCCAGCAUGGUGGCCCAGGGCGUGCUCUACAUCGCGCUGCUCGCGCUAGUUGACUCUCAAGUGAUUUACAGCCUCCGCUGGUAUGCGGCUCGCCGCCUUCAGGGCAGUGAGCAACCCGAUGAGUUGGCCGAACUGCACGGACCUCGGCUCGUUGUCGUUUCCUUGGACACUGAAGUUGAGCGGGAGGUUGAUGAGGUCAACCGGGUAUGCAGCACAAGAAAAUUCAGCGACAUCGUCAUUGCUGUCCGUAGCCUGCAAAAAAUUGUCGGCUUUAUCAACCCGGUGAAACUCGUGGACGGCGUGAGCCUCGCCCUGAAAAAAGACGAGUGCGUCGGCGUCGUUGGCAUCAACGGGUGCGGCAAGAGCACGCUCCUGCAGACCCUGGUCGGCAUUCGGGUGCCGACCGACGGCAAUGCGUACACGUCCCUGCUGUCGAUGGUCACCGACGUUCGCGGCUGGCAGCGGGGCAUCGGCUACGUGGUCGACCGCGUCCCCAAGGACAGCAUGCCGGCGCUGACCGUGGGCGAGCUGCUGGACACCGUGGCCAGGCUGCGGGGCGUCGCCAAAAGGCGCCAGGCGGUGACGAGCAUACUGACGCUCACGGGAAAGCUCCACGAGGACCAGAUGGCCAACGAGUGCAGUCGUGGAGAGGUCAAGAUGCUGCUCAUCGCUUGUGCGGCCAUCGGCCUUCCUCCCGUGUUGCUGGUGGACGAGCCGUACUCGGACGUGGAGCCGCUCUACCGCAACGAGAUCAUCCGCAUGCUGCAGCGCUUCAAGGACAGCCAGGCCAUGGCGUUCAUCCUGACCUCGUACCGCAUGUCCCAUUUCGAGCUGCUCUGCGACCGUGUGGCCGUCAUGGAAUCGGGCAAGGUUGAGGCUAUGGGCGACGGGUUACAGAUGGACCAGAAGUACGGGCGCUGCUACAGCGUCGCCUUCAAGCUGCCGGCCGCGAAGCGCAACAGCGUCACCCUGAUCAACCGCAUCUACUUUGCGAUGAUGGAGCUUCACCAGUGCACCUACAUGUACAGCUAUAGGGGCACGAUGCUGUUCUACGUGGGCAAGGCGUACACCAGCUGGGGCGAGCUGUUCGCGACGCUCGUGGCCUUGAAGGACGCCGAGAAGCUGCCCGAGUUCUCCGCGAGCGACAUGACGCUCGAGCAGAUCUACGUCGGCCUCUCGCGGCGCCAGAUCCUCUUCUCGGGCGCGCAGACGGGCGCGAAGUUUAGCUGCAUGCCGUCGAGCAUCGAGAACCCCCCGGUACCCGGCCAGGACGACCAGAAGGGGAAAUAAAAGAUGGCCCUUCUUUUUCUGGCUGCUCUCGCCAUCGGCGACAAUGGCCUCUUUAGUAGGGACUAAAUGCAACAGGCUGGGCAGGACACGUGAUGCGUAAAGUAGACAGCCGUUGGACCAUUGGGGUGACAGAGUGGGCACCAAGAGAGUAGAGGACGACAGAACACUAGGUGGUGCGACGAAAUGAGGAAAUUUGCGGGUGCUAGUUGGAAUUGGUUGGCGCAGCAGGACAGGGCUAAUUGGAGAUCGCGGAGGAGAGGCCUUCGUCCUGCAGUGGACAUAAAAUGGGAUGAUGAUGAUUAUGAUGAUGAUGAUGAUGAUGAUGAUGAUGAUGAUGAUGAAAUGCAACAAAAUUGGGCCGUGCCGAAGUGGCAGAUUGGUGUUUUGCGGUCGAUCUAUACACCUGUUACAUGGGCACUUUCAACAACCGCCCUUGAGUUGAGCGGCAGUUAACGGCUCCACGUCCAGUUCGGUGAAUCGCAGGU